AUGGCCGCCGCGAUGUACGGAGAGCAGCCCUACGGCGACACGUACGGUGCAGGGCAGGCCACGGGCACUUCCCCGGCCAAGCCGAACCGGGACAAGAAGACGUGCAAGUCGAUCACCGUCAAGCAGCUGUUGGAGGCCCACAGCGACGGCAACAACUACUUCGUGGACAACGACCCGCUCGCGACGGUCUCGCUCGUCGGACGCGUCGUCGACGUCAACGCCAGCGACCUCGGCCACGUCGUGAUGAUCGACGACACGACGGGGGUGUGUCCGGUCGAGAUCACGGACGACGGCGACGCUGAAAAGAUGCGGGGCGUGGAGGUCAACAAGUACGUGCGCGUGUUCGGUGGGGUCAAGUCCUCCGGGGGGUCUGUGGCGAUCAACUGCAUGCACGUGCGGCCCGUGGAGGACCACAACGAGAUCACGCACUUCAUCCUCGAGGCGAUCUUCACGCACAUCCACUUCACCAAGGGCACGCGCGGCGACGGCGCGAACGCCGCGGGCGCGGCCAUCGCUGGCGCGGCGUAUGGCGCGGGCUACGGCGCGGCGGGCGGCGCGGGGUACGGCGCGGCGGGCGGCGCGGCGGGCGGGCUCGUGGAUUCGGUGAUGCAGGUCCUGGACUCGCCCGCGGUGCACACGCGCGACAGCGGGGUGCAGCUGGACGAGCUGGUGCGCAUGCUGGGGGCGGGGGUCACCCGGGAGCAGGUGCAGGCGGCGUGCGACGCGCUGCUGCAGGACGGGCGGGUGUACACCACCAUCGACCAGUACCACUUCCGGAGCUGCACCAUGUAG